GGAAGCAGUUGAGCCUGUAGCGUUUGCUGAGGGAGAAACGAGUUAGUAGACGAGUCAAAUCUGAGCAGUUGUCCAACGCUGGGAGGCAUACUGUUGUCGUGCUGUAGUUCACCCCGGUGUCUUUGAAGAGCGGAGCCAAAACCCGGUUUGCUGGUGGAGUACGCGUCGAUUACGGAGUCUUGAUAAUCAGGUUGCCGUUCAGCACCCUCCUGCGUGAUGUUGUAAACCAUUGUCAAGGCUGUCGACCUGUAGAAGAAAUCUGGGCAUUUAAAACGUAUGAGAAGCGCUGUCUGAGAUAGAGAGCGGUAGACUUCAGGGACAGAGAAGAAAGCUCAGACUCUUGAGGACUAGCCUGAAAGGAAGACGGAAACCUGGGAUGGUGUCUGUGUUCGAUCUCGCUGGGAUGGAAAUACAGGGAAUUGUAGUUGGAGUUACAGAAACCAAAAUGAGCAAAAUGUGGCAAUCGGACAGGCACUGAUCCAGACUGAAGUGGAGGAAACCAGAACACUGCAAAAACAUCCACAGACCCCGGAGCUGGACAUGAACGGCAAGGCCAGCGGGAACGGCCAGCAAAGCAUCAGCAGCGACGUCAACGCCAACGACCUCACCAUGGUGUCCAACGUCUCCCCCGAGCAGCGAGCCAACGGACGGACUUCACGGAACUCCAAGAAAGCGGCUACUUUCGGCAAACGGUCCAACUCCAUGCGCAGGAACCCCAAAGCGGAGGUCGCCAAGCAGGGCUGGCUGUACAAACAGGCUAGCAGUGGGGUAAAGCAGUGGAACAAGCGCUGGUUCGUCCUCACCGACCGCUGUCUUUUCUACUAUAAAGAUGAGAAGGAGGAAGGGGUGCUAGGGAGCCUCCCUCUCCUCAGCUUUCGGAUCGCCGCGGUCCAGCCGUCCGACAGCGUCAGCCGCAAGCACGCCUUUAAGGCCUGCUGGGGUGAGGAAGAGGAGGCAGACAGUAACGGGAGCGGGGCGUUGUGUCUGCAGGUGGAGCACGCUGGGAUACGUACCUACUACUUCAGUGCUGAUACUGUGGAGGAGCAGGAGGACUGGGUGGAGGUCAUGAGCGAGGCCGCAAGGGUCAUCGUUCCGCCUGCGCAAAGGAACGAUUCGGAAAACAUCCCUCCGUCCGGCCAGAACAACGGCAUGGUUGCUAAGGGGGCGGAGCCCGUCUCCCGCGGCGAAGCCGACGGCCAGCGGACGGAGCCCCUGGAGGUCAAACGCGAGGUCAACGGCGUGGUCGCCCCGGAAACCGCCACCCCGCCCACCCCUCCCCCGUCCACGGCCCCUCCCUCAGACUGCAGGGACGGGGGUGACAGGGGCCCGACCCCCCAGCCCAACGGCUGGGCCAACCACGGCAGCGCCCCUCCCGGCCCUCCCCAGGAGCCCCAGGAGCCCCAGGAGCCCCAAGUGGGCCGGGAGGGCCGGGAGCACGUGGUCCUGCGGCGGGGCUUCGUGCCCCGGACCCAGCCUGAGAGGCAGGCCCAGAGGAAGAGCUCCAUGACCCAGCUGCAGCAGUGGGUCAACCAGCGCAGGGCCGUUGGCCUGCAGGAGGACCUGCGCAGCCCUUCCCGGUACUACACAGUGAACCGGGGUGUCACGGCGGACUACUAUGGGGUGUACGGGAGUCCCCAGUUCGUGGAGGAGUAUCCUCUGUACCCCCCUGGGGUUCGGCCGGACAGCAUCUGCUCGGUGUCGGGGGGCUUCGACAGACUGCCCCCCCGCUGGACCUCGGAGGAGAGGCGUCGCUCUCUGCGGGACGGGUCCGUGUACCCCCGGGACCCCCCCUGGGCGAUGUCCCCGACUCAGCCCCCCGGAUACUACACCCAGCUGGAGUCGGCCCAGAAUUCCAUGCGCCGGCUGUCCCUGCAGCCCCGGUCCCGCUCCGUGCCCCGGUCCCCCUCGGCCUGCUCCCAGGGGCCCUACUCCCCCGGCCCCCGCACCUUCGCCUCCCCCCUGCGCUCCCCCAGCACGCGCUUCGACAGGUGCGGUCCCGGCCGGAUGCGAGAGGACGUCAUCUACGCCGAUCCUUCCGUCUACGGCAUCAGGAGGUCCGUCAGCUCACCCAAGUACGAGUAUCCAGGAGAGAGACGAUCCAUGAGCCCGGGAAUGUACCACUACAACUACCCCGUCUCCCCCUCUCUGCAUGAUAAGAUGGCACCACCAUUCCACGACAUCUACAGAGACAUGCACCCAGCAUUUAAGGCCAACGAGAUGGAGAUCAACAAACUGCUGGGCCGACUGUGUGAACAGAACAGGAUACUGAAGGAUCAGGAGGCUGUGGUCCACCGUCUGCGACUGGACAAGGACAGUCUGGAGGGGGCGCUGGUCUCCACUCAUCAGGAACUGGAUCUGUACCGAGCUCAGCCCACACUGACUGACAAGCUGCAGCUGAAGAAGGAGUCCCUGCAGAACCAGCUCAUCAACAUCCGGGGAGAGCUCUCUCAGGCCUCCAGCGCUCUGACCACCACCAGGAUGGAGUUUGAAGCGCUGGAAGACGAGGUCAACGCAGUCCAUGGUGACCUCUGGGAACAGCUGAAUGCUGGUGGGCAGAAUGAGCUACUGCAGAGACAUCUUCAUAAGGAGUUCUGGAGGAUCCAGGACGUGCUGGAGGGACUGCAGAAGAACAACCCAUCACGAGGCACAGACACUGCCAAGCACAGAGUGACCAGUGGGGCUUCCGGCUCCUUCUGCACGAACAGUCCCGCCAGCCCUCUGAGCUCGGUCAGCCUCACCAGCCCCCUGAGCCCCUUCUCCCCCGUCUCAGGAUCCCAGGCGUCCCCCACCAAACCGCUGAGCGCCGAGCACAAAUUCAGUUUCCGCUCCGAGUCUUCGCCGGGGGAGAAGGCCAGCAGCAGUGACCGGCCAGAGUCAGAGCAGGAGCGCCAAGCCAACACAAACAAAGUCGGUGUUGUCCCACCCCGGACAAAGUCCCCCACAGAGGAAUCCUACGAUCCAGUACCCCGCAGGAACGGCAAGGUCCCCAAUGGACACAUUACCAGGGAGAGGCCGAAGAGCGCGGUGUUCCCGGCGGAGGUGAAGUCCCGGAUGAGCGUGGAGGAGCAGAACGAGAGGAUCCGCAGGAACCAGAGCAGCUCCAUGAGGGACAAGCGGCGCAGCCUCAACCUGGGCUCAGACAGCUUCAAGCCCACCACCAACUACAGAGUGGUUCGGCGGAGGCUGACGGCCCACGAGGUCGACAUCAAAGAUCUGGAGGCGGCAGUGCGAGGGGAAGGUGUGGAGUCACCGCGGGAAGAGAUCGCACGUCUGCGGCGACUGCAGCUGGAAACGGACUACAAUACGGAUAUGAACAGAGAGCUGUCAGCGCCGGACAAGGUUCUGAUUUCCGAGCGGUAUCUGGAGAUCGAGCCGAGCGCCCCCCUCAGCCCGGAGGAGCUCAGAGAGAAGGAGAAGAAGGUGGAGAGGAUCAAGACACUCAUCGCCAAAUCCAACAUGCAGAAUGUGGUUCCCCUGCUGGACGGCCCGGCGGAGAAGCACACGGACCACGAGCAGAAGCUUCACGAGGAGGAGAAGCGGAUCGAGAUCUCCUGCGCGCUCGCUGCCGAGGCGUCCCGACGCAGCCGGCUGCUGUCCGCCCAGUGCGCCUCCAUCGCCUCCGCCUCCCCCUCCAGCCUGGCCCCCUCCCCCUCCGCUGACCUCAACUUCGACUCGCCCCAGUUCAUGAAGGUGUGAGUGUGCGCAGUGUUUCAGGGUUUGGUUACAGUGAAGCUCAAAGGAACGCCAUUCGGAGAGCUUACCGACGUAAAGACAGUAGAGAUUUUGUUUUCUUUCCCCAAAGAGUAUAUUUUUUCAAUCGGUUAUUGUAUGACUGAAAGAAAGAUAAUAUAAAACAUGUUUGGAGGUUCUUUGGCUGUACUUCAAUAUGACUUUAUCACAAACACCAAUGUGCUGAGGAUUUGGAGGUGCCAGCCUCCAGCCAGCAGGGGGUGCUCUUGCAUCCUCCCUCCUUUGUGGCCACACUUUCCCGACUUUACUGCUGCCCGUUUUGACAUUCACGCAAGGCCUUUGUCUCUUCUGUCAAAGCCUUUCAAAGAUGCCCAGCCAAUGGGAAGAGACGUGUCCUUCAGUACGAAGCGGCCAGAAGGUUUAUAAUGCUUAAAACUAGCCAGUGGAGGACCUGUUUACAGCAGAAUGCCUAUUCUCCCAGUCACUUCAGAAGUGGUUCAGUAUCCCAGCUCAGGGUGCAAUUUGUGGAACAGCUUGGGGCAUCUCAUACAUACAAACAUGGAUUGUGGGAGUAAUGUAAGGCCCGUGGAUGGCGCGGGGCAGAUGGAAGAUGCAAGCUCGACGAGGGUUCGGGGACGUGCGGACGUUUGUGGAGGAGGUGAGGCUGAGCCAGCUGCCGGUCUAAGCUGAAAGUUGACGUUUUGUGAAAUGGCAGGAUGGACUUGGUUAAGCGUCUCGGAAGCAGACGUGUGUAUUCUUGCGGCAGGUUCUUUGUUUCAAACCCAAUAAACCGGAUUAAACCGGACUGGACUGACCGGAGAAAUUGCCUCCUGGGAACUUGAUAUACCUCCAGUUGGGGGGUUCUCCAGCCAGGCUUUGACCCACCAUCAGGAUCAGGCACAGCUAUCCCGAAAUGUCAGGGUGACCACUCUGUGCUGAAACUCCCUGUGCUCAGCAGGAAUGCACUUGGACACAUGUUGGCCUCCUUUCCGUUAGCGCAGGGCUCGCUUCGGCCCCAUCGCUGUUUUUAAAGUCCACGUCCUCCCAGUAACUGCCUGCACUCACAGACUCAAAGCAAACCAUAGCCGUCCAUAGUUACACGUGUGUCCAACUUAACCAUUACCUUAAAACUGUUGUGACUUUUCACAGUGUUGUUUUUCACUAGAACUUUCCUUCAGCGGUACCUAAUACUCGUUUGUGUGAAAAAACAAGCAUAUUUAGAAACUGAAAUGAAGGGGUAAAAAAAAAAGUGACCUUAGAAUUGUGAGUCUGCUAGUGAAAACAUCUGUUUGUACUCCUCAGCGUUGGCCAAUGGCUUGUCACUGUCAGAUGCUCUACACUCAUCUCAGCGCUCUGUGUAAUUAUCCUCAUCAUUUUUUAACCUUUUAACCAUUCAGGGUUUUACUGCAUCGGCUGGGGUUGGGGUUUGGUGGCACCUUCACUUUGCACAUGUUGGAUAAGGAUGCACUACAGUUCAGAUUACCAGCAAGACUUUGCCUCUUGCCUGUUUUUAGAUGUUCCUGUUGAUAAAAUUUAUUAUUUUUUUAAAACACAACAUACUAUUUUUUACAUUAUCAGUGCAUCGGCGGAGUUAACCGUGUCCUCCGCACUGCCACACAUAUCAGACCACGACCAUACAAAGCUCUCUAUUGUCUACCCAUACAAUGGGAUGUCCUUUUUGACAGUUUCACACCAUUCCAUAUUACACCUUCAAAUCAAACUUUUUAAAACUGCAUUUUUAGAUAAUAGAUAUAAUAUAAUCUCCUCCAUACAUUGCCUUGUUGAGAGUUGGGAUCAAGAUGCUCUAUGGACCCAGAUAGGCUGCACGGCAGACCAGCACAUUCCUCUCAUUCAUCUACCAUGUCACUUCCUCACCUCACCCCAGCUACUUCCUGUCUCACAAGUCAUUGUUUCACCUCCAUGUUUGAAUUAUCUUUGUUUCUCUUCAAUGAGAAAAAUCUUCACACUGCUGCUUCAGCAUGCCUUCAGACCAUUCCUUCAUUUCCCCUCUCUCUUGUGCUCUCUCUCUCUCUUUCACUCUCACACUCUCACUCUCUCACACUCUCCCCCCUUCUCUCUCUCACACAGUCUCUCACACUCACACUCUCCCUCUAUCACGCUCCCUCUCACUCUUUCACUCUCACAUUUUCCUUUUCUCACACGCUCUCUCACACUCUCCCCCUCUCUCUCUCACACUCUCUCACACUCUCACACUCUCCCUCUAUCACACACUCUCUCUCUCCCUCUCUCACGCUCUCUCUCUCACUCUCUUUCACUCUCACACUCUCCCCCUCUCUCUCUCUCUCACACUCUCACACUCUCCCCCUCUCUGUCUCACACACUCUCACACUCUCCCCCUCCUCUCUCACACACUCUCACACUCUCCGUCUAUCACACUCUCUCUCCCUCUCUCACGCUCCCUCUCACUCUCUUUCACUCUCACACUCUCACACUCUCUCCCUCUCUCACACUCUCUCUCACUCUCUCACACACUCUUUCUCUCUCUCCCAUACUCUCUCACUCUCUCGCACUCUCACUCUCUCCCUCUCUCGUUUUAGUAAUUCGCUCACACUUAUAGAAUGCAUUGUAUGUUUCUAUAUGUGGAAAUCUAUCCUCAAGCUAACAUGCAAGUUUAUUUAAGGGCAAGCAAGCAAAAAAUCAAUACAUAAAAAAAUAAAGAAAUAAUAAUUAUAGUAAUAAUAAUAAUAAUAAUAACAAUAAUAAUAAUAAUAAUAAAUACAACUAAAGCAGUUUAAAGACCCCCACAUCGGGAAACGGAGAUUUGGGGAAUAGAAAGUUCUAUUUUUAUUGUUUCGUGAAAGGAUGGAUAAGUUGAACCCAAAACAGUAAAUAUUUUUUUUAAGAGGCAUGGGUAUUCUCCAGAAAAGGUAAUGGCCUACAUUUGUAACAUAAGUAUUGCCUUUUCACUGGACUUGUUAAAAGUUAAAGCAUAAUGGGUUUUUUAUUUAUUACUAUAAAGGUCUUGUUGAUUUUGAAACAUUGAUAAUGGAGAAAAAUGCAAAAACAAACAAAUGUCCUAGAUUAAACGUGUGGUUAAAUGUAGCAUAUAAUGCUGAAUCUUCAGUUAACUAAUUGUUUGGUGUAAAUAUUUGUUGUAAACUAUAUCAUAACAUUACAUUUAAGUGUUACAAUUUGUGGGGAGGGGGUGUUACAUAAACUGCUUGAACUAUGCAAAAUGAAAUUAAUACACAAAAUUAAUAUGCUUGCAUUAGGAAUCUUUGUCCAUGCAAUAAAGCGAAUGUAUACAAAUAA